AUGAUGUCCGAAAGCGAGGAGCACGGCUCGCUCCUGGAGAAGAUCAACGACAAGAUCCAUGACUACAAAAAGGACUCAUCGUCCUCCUCGGACUCUGACGACGACAAGAAGAAGUCUCAUAAAUCCAAGAACAAGAAGAAGAAGCUGUUUGGCAGGAUGCACCCGCUUCACCACGUCCUAGGCGGAGGCAAAGCUGCUGAUCUUGUUCUGUGGAGGGACAAGCACACCUCCGGAAGCAUUCUUGCAGGGGUGACUGUGGUCUGGUUGCUGUUCGAGGGCAUUGGUUACCACCUCCUCACCUUCCUCUGCCACUCGCUCAUCGUCUUCCUCACCGUCUGCUUCGUCUGGUCCAACGCUGCAUCCUUCAUCAACAGGUCUCCUCCACAGUUCCCAGAUGUAAUUUUAUCUGAAACCCAGUGCCUGAGGAUAGCUCAUGUUCUGAGGAAAGAAAUCAAUGAAGCUUUCCUGACCUUACAAAGUGUUGCUUCCGGAAAAGACCUGAAAACAUAUCUUAAGUCAAUUGGGGCCCUCUGGUUCAUUUCUAUAAUUGGUAGCUGCUUUAGCUUCUUGACUCUGUCUUACACUAUUUUCCUGAUGGCAUACACACUCCCCAUGCUCUAUGAGAAAUAUGAAGAUGAGGUUGAUGUUGUGGGCGAGAAGGCCCUCAUCGAGAUCAAGAAGCAAUAUGCAGUGCUGGAUGAGAAGGUUCUGUCGAAGAUCCCAAUGUUAUCCGACAAGAAGCAGCACUAA